AUGGAAUCUCUGUUGAUAAACCUCAAAGAACAGGUUACUUGUGCAAUCUGUCUGGAUAGUUUUACCGAUCCCAAGACAAUAACCUGCCUGCAUACAUUCUGCUGUGACUGUUUGAAGAAACACGCACUGAUCAGCCAAAGGAAUGGAAAGUUUCGCUGCCCCGAGUGUCAAGCUGAAGUCGAUCUUCCCGAAGCAAACUGUUUCGACAAACUACCGUCUAGUUUUCAUCAUAACAGCUUGCUCAGUCUUCUCGCUGCUCGACAGAGUGGCGAUGGCAACGAAAUCAGUUGUGGCAUUUGCAAGAAAAAGAGCGCAGAGAUAAGUUACUGCUUCGAAUGCGCUAAAUUCAUGUGCAGUGACUGUGUAAACGCACAUCAACUGUUUACAAACCUCACAGAAGUACACAAGGUGACUCCAGUCAAACAGUUCCAACCUCAAGACUACGAAGCCCUGAUGAAGAGGCAGUCAUUUUGUUCGCAGCAGUAUCACGAGCGCGAGAUUGUAAGAUUUUUCUGCCGCAAAUGCAAACUGUGUGUUUGCCAAAUUUGCAUCGCUACGGAUCACAAGUCACACGAGGGCCAUGAUGUGGAACUACUGGAUAAAGUGGCGGAUGGCGAGAAAGUGAACAUCCUAGAGAGAGCCGAAAAGUUAAAAGAAAAGACCAAUCUUUACAGCGAUGCGAUUUUCAAGCUUGAACAAACAGAGCUUGAGCUGCAUACAGAUAUUACUAAUGUUAAACAUGAAGUUUCCCAGACAGCGGAACAAAUCAUUGCCACUAUUCGUGAAAGUGAAUGCGAGAUCAUCACCUUUCUCGAGAACACGCGGGCGACUCGAUCGGAAAUGUUAAACUCGGCAAAGACACAAGUGCAGUCCUUGCUAAAGCAGAUCAACCAAGCAGUCGAGUUUGCUGAACAACUCGUGCAAAAAAGCUCCAGUUCGGACAUAAUGCAAAACAAACUGAGACUACAGCAGCGUUACAACGAACUUGAAAGCGCUCCCAUCCCAGAACUUCCGGUCAGUUCCUUUGUGAAGUACUUUCCGAAUUUGGAACUAGAAAAAUUUAGCGUUGGCUUCGUAGCAACAAGUGAACCGACCAUCAAGGGACUGAAUCAAGAUAUCCAAGCUGGUGUAGAAUCAGAGUUCGAUGUUAACCCCAGAAUCCCUAAAGAACAAGCGCAUGAAGUUAAAUGCAAAUUCCAAUGUGAGGCGCUCGUGGAACCCCCUGAGAAGGUAGGAAGUUUGAGAACGUACGAGAAUGAAGAUGCUACACUAGUGUAACAAGUUUGUACCUAAAGUUCCUGGUACUUUUAACAUCACAGUCAAAAUAAAUGGGAAGGUUCUUUCAACCAACACUGUCCAGGUGAAACAACGGCUCAUUCAGGUUUUGGGAGAGUUGGAAUUAAAUCAAGAAACUUCUAAAAAACCGAGAGGGUUGGCUGUCAACAGCAAAGGGCAAAUUGCUGUUGUUGACAGCGAAAGACACUGUGUUUUCAUAAUUGACAUGGAAGGAAACUGUCUAAGAAAAGUAGGUUGUCGUGGAAAGAAGGACGGGGAGCUUAACGGUCCAGAGGACGUUACUUACCUUAAUGAUGAUAACAUUCUUGUGGCGGAUGAAGUAAAUCAUCGCAUUCAACAAUUUAAUGUUCAAACUGGAAACUUUGUGAAAAGCUUUGGAAAGAAAGGGGCAAGGGGUGGUGAGUUUCACAAUCCUGUCAGUGUUUGUGUGAAUGAUGCAGGUCGUGUUAUCGUGGCUGACUACCAUAACACUAGAGUCCAAGUUUUAUCACAAGAUGGUGAAUCUUUGUUUAAAUUUGGAGACAGUGGACCAGAAAAACUAAGCACACCCAGGUCGUGUAUUUACCAUGAGAACAAGUUCAUUGUUUCUGACCGGGUUAAUAAUUGCUUGAAAGUGUUAGAUAAUACUGGGAAGUUGUGGUACAAGAUAGGAGAAGAAGGCGAGGGUGAUGGGCAGUUGAAAUCCCCUAAUGGACUGUGUUUACAGAAAUGUCGCAAACACCACAAUCUUCUUGUUUGCAAUUUCGACAGUGUCGAUCAGUUUACAUUGGAUGGUUGUUUCACUGGAAAAACUACUGACAAGUUUAAAGCAAGUCCCUCAAGAAUAACUACAACACCGGAUGGUCUAAUUUUAGUUUCGGACUGGAAGGCCGGUAAAAUAUAUAUUCUAAAAUAG